AUGUCUUCCGCUGGUUACACGCCGUUAGAUGAUACGGACACAGAUGAUCCUAAAAGGGGGCAAGGUAAAUAAUUUCUUAAUGUUUUUUACUGGGUUUCGAGCAUUAAGCUUAUCUGAAAUCGAAUUUCCAAGGUUUUGAUCAUGUACCGAACAGUGUUUGUAAUUCAAAUUUCAUGAAUAGACAUGUUAUCCAGUACACAUGAAUGUUGAUGUUAGUGUGUUCUAGUACAUUUAAUCAACUAAUCGAAGGCAAAUUUAUCGAAAACCUUGUGGAAUUCCCAGAAAGUAAUAUUAAAAAUUAACCCAUCAUAGGAACUACAGCCAGUAUUGAAAAUGUCCGUAAAACUUUGCCUAUGUAAUUGUAGAAAAAUGAAGAAAUCAUAUUAUGUAGGCGUUAAAAUCAGUCUUGUGUGAAAAAAAAGCUGACCAGCUCUCAUAGAACCUUUCUUCAAAGCAAUGGUCUAUUUGAAUGAUAGUUUUCUUUCAAUUUUUAUCAAAAUACAACAACGAAUUGAUGUUGCAUGCGCGUUCAACCCACAGUUUUUGGUUCCAUAAAUAAGAUGUAAUGCCGGUUAUAUUGUCCUCUGCUACUGUUUGACGUCUUUCCCGUAUUGUCGCAAGUAAUUUGAUUUUUUAGAGCAUUUUAGUCUCGAAAUUACAGUGGACUUAUUCGCGGGUACAGUGCGAAGUCGAAGUAUUACCGGAUAGUUUAGAGCAUUUUGUUUAUUAAAGAGACAUUGCCCUGAGGAUUUUCCUCUCUUGUCUUUGAUAUCGAUUUUUUUCCUCUUCUUUUUCAUCUUGUUGUCUAAAAAAAUGUUCAUCCAUCAAAAUCACUUCAAAUUUCUCAUGUAUCUGUUUUAAAAGGUUAUUAUCACAACCAGAUGAAUAUGCAACUGGUUAAUUGGCAGACAAUUCCAUAAUACACUAGAUUUACUUUAGUCAGUGAAUCUAGCUUUAACCCCUGGAAGAAUGACCAACAAGGAAUUUCUCCUCAAAAUAGCAAUACAUUUUAAAGUAGAUGGAUGAUGAGAAGAAAAGAAUAUAUCAACUAGGGAAUAUUGAUUGAAUUAACCUUCAAACUCUUAGAUCUGAUGAUCAAUAAUCUCCUCACUAGCUGCUACACAUUUUCUUGUAAAUUAGUGAAGAGAAUGUGGUGUUUAUCAAAGAAAUCUACUUCUACCCGACAAGAUUGAAUAUACCCACUACUUGUUAGCUGGAUAAUGUAGGGUUAUAAUAGAGAGAUGUUACAUGUUAAUCACUUGUGACGGUGAAAGGGUAAAACAACAAUUCUGAGAGGUAAAAUUAUGUGAAAUUUAUGACAGACAGUACAAAGACAUGAUCUUUAGAUUGAGGUAGUGAAAGGGUUAGAUUAAAAUUGUUUUCUUUUUUUGUCCCAGUUACAGAAAUAUUAUAUCUUUUUUCAUGAGAUUUAUUGAAAAAUUAAUUGAUAAUUUUCACCUGUUUGCCUGCAGGGGGCUUAUUAAGUGCCAUUUUAAGUUAUAUACGUGGGUGUUAAUGGAGAAUGUGAUUGAUAGAAAAAAAAUAUGAGGUGAUGAUUUAUGGCAAAAAAGAAAUUUGGGAAAAAUAGGAUCAUGUAGUAUUGUAAAUUGUUGAAUAACUACUAGGCUGAUUUUUUUGGUUUAAAUUUUGAAGGUAUGAUCUAGGUACCUAAAUAACUGAAUGGAUUCAGUCUGUUUUGAUUUGUUGCAACUUUGUCAGUUACAUGUAUGAGUACAUCUAUGACCUUCUGUCUUCAAACUUUUUUUUUUUGUUGAAACUUCAAUGUGUGUAUCUGUAUGUUUAGUCUGACUUUAUAGGACACUGUUGUUAUUAAUAACAAUGUUUUUAUAGUGUUCUACAUGUAUCUGUUUUAACACUCAUAAAAUAAAUCUGCUUCUUGAGUAUGGCAUUUUGAAGUUUUGAAAGUAUGAAGCAAAUAUUAUCCACCAUUAUAGAAAUUUUUCUCUUCAAAAGAGAGAUUAAGAGGUUGGUUACUUAAAGGGGAAAGGGAACCAUUUCUGAAGAUUCUUCUGAGUAUUUACAUACUGAGUAUGUUUUGUUAUUCAGCAAGUAGAGUGAUACAUUACUGAUUGUGCCUUGUAGCUUCAAUUUACACUUUUUAACAUAUUCCUUUCGUGAAUUUUAGAAAAUGAAGGGGAAGAAAGGAAAGGAAAGGGAGAAAAGUCAAAAUUACAGAAAAUAAAGGUAUGUUUCUAUAUCCUAUGCUGGUGUAAUUAUCAGUGAUUUUUUUAUGUUUACAUAUAGCACUCUUAGCUUAAGGCUCAUUAAUAAAAUUGCUCUUGGCAGAAGUUCCUUUUUUAGAUUUUCAGUUCUUGCCUUGAUGUAGUAAUGCUGCACAUAAGCCCAUUAGUGACCAAGACGGAAUUUCUCCUUACAAUAUCAAUACAAUAUCAAGCAAAAAGUGAUGAGAAUAAAGAAAAAUAUCAGUUAGGGGAUCAUAAGUUGAUUCAAUACCAAAUUUUCCAAACUAACAUUACAAGAACUGUAUGGCAGAUUGUAAGGAGAAUUACUAAGGAGGUCUUGGGAGUUAAAGAGUUAAAGUAAAUAUUUGUGUAUGGAGCAGCUGAAGUAUUUCUAUAUAACCCAGGGCUUAAUUUUGUCCCAGAAUUUAACAAGAUAGAAAUGAUUUUUCUUAUAGAAUGUGUUUCACAAGACUGGUUACCCCAGUGCAGUGUGGUAUAUUUUGGGAAAUGAGUUCUGUGAGAGAUUCUCAUACUAUGGGAUGCAUGGUAAGUUAUACUGAUUGCAAUCUAGAAGAUGAGUAACACCCCAGGCAUUAAAAUUAUAGUUGAAUAGUGUAAUUAAAAUUCUACAUCUAAUUAAAAUACUCCAUGCAAAGAAGUCUAUUGGUGACAUGACACAAACUUGGAAUCUUCAGUUUAAAUAGAUUUAGUUGUAAUGGUUUCAUGUCUUUGGUGUUUAAAUUUGUUUAGUUGGAUAGCUUAAUAAUUUUAUUCAUUUGGUAUAUCACUCUUAUACUUGUUGUAUAUUUAGGAAUCAGGAUAUUGAAUUUUUAAUAUUAUUCAUGUUAUUAAAACUUUAAGUCUGUUUACCUUGAUUAACCCUUUGACUCAAGAUCUGAUCACUAAUUCUCCCCUCUAGCUGCUACACAUUUCCUUGUAAAUCAGUUAUGAGAAUUUAGUGUUAGAUCAAGAUAACAACUUUUAUCUGUUUUCUCAAUACCUGUUGGCAGGAUUGAGUAUGGAUAUUAUAGGGAGAAGUUCCUCAUUAAUCACUUCUGGGAAGUAAAGGGUUAAAGGUAAACGGACUUGGCUGUGGAUCCCAAAAAGAAAGAAGUAGGGAAGUACAAUUUGAAAGAGAAACAAUUUACAUGACUGGAGGAGAAUGAGAAAAACGUUUUUUGGACAUAAUACCGAAGUCCUGUUAACCCUUUAAAUCCCAAGAUCUGAUCAUUAAUUCUCCCCUGCAGCUGCUAUACAUUUCCUUGUAAAUUAGUUGUGAGAACUUGGUGCUAGAUCAAGAUAACAGCUUCUAUCUGAUAAGUUUGAAUAUUCUCAUCACCUGUUUGCUGAAGAAUGUAUGGAUAUUGUAGAGAGAAGUUUUAUGUUAAUCAUUUCUGGGAGUUAAAGGGUUAAAACUCUGGGUUUUGGGAUCUUUACUGACCACAGAAUCCACCUCAUGGAUAGUAUGUAAAUAUUUUUCUAAUUUCCCUUUACAGCCAUUCUUGUCAUCUACCUGACACAGAUGUUGAAGAUGGAUGAUGACUCUGCCACAGCAGUUUAUCAUGCCUUUAACAUGUUGUGCUAUUUCAGUCCUCUUUUUGGUGCAAUGUUAGCAGACAGUCUGUUGGGAAAAUACAAGUGA